AUGUGUCUCGGAGCCAGUCGCGACAAGGCGCGGGCGGUCAUCGGCAACGCCGACUACGCCGGUAGCGACGCCAACGUGGCGAUGGGCUAUUCGCAGGCGACGAACGCCACGUUCAUGUACAUCGGCGGCGCCAGAAUCAAAGGCCCUCGUCGCUGCGUUCCGCCGGGUCAAUUGGGUGUGUACACCUACUACCCCUCAACGAACAAAUUCGUUAAGGGCGAUUUGCGCAGCCUACCUGAGCGUGUAGUGGACUCGUCAUACGUUGUCUCCCUGACAGUGCCAUCCGCGUUACAAGUCGCCCCGCAAGUGACUUUGGACGUGUCGAACAUGUAUCCCACGGCACUCGAGUUUGACGCUGCAGGAACAGUAUCAGCCCCUCCCAUGACGCAGGCCAAUUUCACCGUCUCUGGAGCAGAUCUUUCCCCUCCAGCCGACCCGUAUGGAAUGGUUUCUGCUUACCUUGAGCAAUACGGUGCCAAAGCUGACGCUAACGACCUCUCGGGCGCUAUACUGGCGUCGGCGAAGACUUCUCGCUACACGAUCCGAUUCGCUAUCGACGAUGGGGACGUGUGUGCGAUACGUCUAUAA